AUGCCUACCAUUGCUGUUGACAAAGAAGAUCUUUACAAGUCUCUUGGUAGAGAGUAUACCACUGAGGAAUUUGAUGAGUUAUGUUUUGAAUUCGGUAUUGAAUUAGAUGAAGAUACUUCUCAAUCAGACCUACCUGCUGGCGAAAGACCGCAAUUAAAGAUUGAAAUUCCAGCCAAUCGUUACGACAUGUUGUGUUUCGAAGGUAUUUCAAAAGCACUCAAUGUCUUUUUAUCGCGUGAAAAGGCUCCUAAUUUCAAGUUAGUGGAAGCCCCUAAGGAGAAGCAGAUAACUAUUGUUGUGGACCCUAGUACUGAAAAAGUGCGCCCUUACGUCGCUGGUGCAGUUCUCCGAGGUGUUCAUUUUAAUCAACGCUCGUAUGAUUCUUUUAUCUCUUUGCAAGAGAAGCUACAUGCCAAUAUUUGUAGAAACCGGUCCUUAGUAGCAAUUGGUACUCACGAUUUGUCUAAAAUCAAAGGGUCCAAAAUAAGCUAUACUGGUGUUGUUCCUGAGAAAGUUAAGUUUGCUCCCUUAAACCAAACCAAGGUAAUGACUGGUCCUGAACUUAUGGAGUUCUAUGAGAAAGAUAGAAAUAUUGGUAAAUAUCUCCAUUUGAUCCGUGAUUCUGAUGUCUACCCAAUAUUCUACGACGAAGAAGAGAAUGUGCUUUCCAUGCCCCCCAUUAUCAACUCCAAUAAAACUAAAAUCAGUUUAGAAACCAACGACAUUUUUAUCGAUCUUAGUGGUACCGAUAAGACUAAAAUUGAGGUGGUAGUUAAUCAAAUCGUGGCUAUGUUCUCAAGAUAUUCCUCUACUCCUUUUACCAUCGAACCAGUUAAGAUUAUCUCAGAACACAACAAUCUUUCUAGAACAUGUCCUAACAUCAGCCCUCGUAAAACAACUGCGGAAGUGGAUUAUAUAAACUCGGUUCUUGGCCUUAAGUUGUCACCCCAAGAAAUUUGUGACUUGCUUUCCAAAAUGAUGCUAGAAGCUACUCCCUCAGCUAAUUCCUCAAACCUUCUUGAUGUUACUAUCCCAAUUACGCGAUCAGACAUUCUCCAUCAAUGUGAUAUAAUGGAGGAUGCUGGAAUCGCCUAUGGCUUUAAUAACCUCAACCGCACAUUUCCCGCUGAUUCAUUCACGAUUGGUGAGCCUCUUCCCAUUAACAAGGUGUCUGAUAUUGUUCGUCGUGAAGUUGCUAUGGCUGGAUGGACUGAAGUUAUGGCAUUAACCUUGUGCUCUCAUGACGAGAAUUUCGCAUUCCUGAACCGCAAAGAUAAUGGUACCGAGGCUGUUCACUUGGAAAACCCCAAGACAGCUGAGUAUCAAGUUGUGCGUACUUCCCUGCUUCCAGGUUUGCUGAAAACAAUCAAAGAGAAUCGUAAGCAUUCUCUCCCUCUUAAAAUCUUCGAGGUCUCUGAUGUUGUAUUUAAGGAUACAUCUCUAGAGCGCCAAGCCUAUAAUAACCGUCGCUUCGGCGCUGUCUAUGCCGGAAAGACUAGUGGUUUUGAAAUUGUACACGGUCUUCUUGAUAGAGUCAUGAAGAUGCUCCGUGUACCAUGGUCAGAUGAGAAGUCUGACGAGCGUGGAUAUUGGAUCUCUGAGCUUAACAAUCCCACUUACUUUCCAGGAAGGGGCGCUAGCAUUUGGUACCAAGAAGCAAAAGGUUCCAGUCCUCGCCAGAUCGGUACUCUGGGCGUUUUGCAUCCUCAGGUUCUUUCUAAUUUUGAGAUCCCUUAUGUUGCCUCUAGCAUUGAAUUGGACGUAGAAACGUUCCUUAUCAAAUAA